GCCAUGGGAAGGGUGGGCGCGGCGCGGCCAUGCAAGCAGGCGCUGUCUUCUGGAAGGCUGACGGGAGCAGCAAAGCAAAGCAAUGGAAGGAAACAGCUUGGCUUAAGAAAAGGAUGUCGUUCUGAUGUGGAGGAUGCAUACUGUCACUACUCCACUGAUUCAGACGAUCAGGUUAAUACUAUUCAUAAUGGACUUGACCGCUGUGCAGCUUUACUGAAGAAUAUCCUAGAAAAUGAAGCUACAGGAAAGGAGGCUAUCCAUAAACAACCAGGGAAAUCGUCUGUUAAAAUUACUUCCAAACCUUUCCUAACCAAAGCAAAUACUCUGAAGAAGAAAGGAUUGAAGAAAAGCAUUACUGCUCCCCACAUCCGAAAAGAAAUUGUGCCAAUAUUACCUAAGAAAAAUCUUUCAUCUACCACGCCAUCUACUGAGAAAGAGCUUCCCAGUGCAGUACAGCACCAGCUGAUUCGACCAACUCAUGUGCCUUGCAGCCAGCAGUCUCCUGUCAUACGUGAGAAAUUGUGUGAGCAUGUGCCCACCCAGAUGGCUCUGAUAACUGGCCAGCCAUCACAGAGCAAUAAUGAAAUUCCUCCUGUGACUUCGUUUCCUACCUCAGAUCAUGGAUAUCAAAAUGUUACAGAUUUUAAUUACCAGUUAUCUGUCUCCACAGCAGACCUGUCCCUGCAGCAUGCAUCUCAUCCCUUAUCUACUCAGGCUGGUGUUCCUAUAGACAGUGGCAAUGAAUGUGUGCCUCAGAUGGGAGAAACUGUGGUUUUCCCCAUGGUUUCUGCUGCUCCCACUCCUGCACAAAUACAGGCUGCCAGUUCCCUUCCUGGUGUGAUGCGUUAUGUAGCAUCAGGUGCAUCAAGUAAUUCUGCAGUGCCUACAUUCACCCCGUUGUCUUCUGGCAGAGAGAUGAUCCCAAGGCAGGAGCAACGGAGUAAAGAAGCAGACUUGAUAAGGUGCAUAAAAGCUCACCUGGCCCUGUUACAAACGCGUGAAAUGGCAAAUGGCAGGACUGAACAGAAGCUCUGUCAUUGUCUGACAGCAUGUAACGUCUCAAGUAAUGAUGGGGAUGCUUCUGAAGAACACAGUGAAGAUGUGGUCAGCGAAGGUGAAUUGAAUGUGCUUGAUGUGGCCUCAGCAAGAGAUGCAAACAGCCAGCAAAGCUGUGUGAAGAAAGGUCUAAAACCUAGACAAGAAAGUGCAGAUAAAGCAGCCCAUAAAGUAAAGAUGGUAAAAUAUCUUUUGGGAGAACUCCGAGCACUGAUAACAGACCAAGAUGAUUCAGAAAUGUUAAGGUUGAUGAAUGAAAUAGAAGAAUGCAUAUCAUUGCUGCCAGCUGUAGUGGGAAGUACAAACAUACAGACUGAGAUAGCUCUAGCUUUACAGCCUCUCAGAAGUGAAAACGCCCAGCUGCGUAGGAAACUAAGAAUCUUAAAUCAGCAACUCAGGGAACAAGAGAGGAAUGAGAAGACAUCUGGACCGAGCUGCAACUAUGAAUUGGCUUCUUUGCAGUCCUUGAAUGUGAUGCUCCACACUCAACUGAAAGAAUCACUGAAAGGCCUUGAGUCACUGCAGGCUAAAAACGAAGAGCUACUGAAAAUAAUAGAAAGUCAAAAGGAAGAAAAUAAGCAUCUUGCAAAAGAUAUUCAGGAGAAAGAAAAGGAAUUGCUUGAAAACAAGCAGCAACAUGAUAUUCAUUCCACCAAGGUCAAGAUUGAAGUGGAGGAGGCAUUAGCAAGUGUGAAGAGCCUUCAGUUUAAGCUGGAAGCUUCUGAGAAGGAAAAUAAGAUUUUGGCCAUAACGUUACGCCAGCGUGAUGCAGAAGUUAACAGACUGCGUGAGUUAACCAGAACCUUGCAGGGCAGUAUGGCCAAGCUUCUGUCAGACCUCACAGCAGACAACAGUAGACCCACAUCUGAAAAAGGUCUCUCGAAGUCUCUCUUGGAUGACCAUGAGAAACAGAUGCAGCCCGAUCCAUGUCCUGGGAAUACUUCAGUAAUGACUUACCUUAAGAAGUUAGAAAUGGAUCAUGUUUUGAUAGAUGCUGAGCUUCAGUUCUCAAAUAAAGAUGGAGAGUUACAAAUGCUAAAUCAAGCCUAUGAAAAGUUUGCUGAUGAGGGCACUAAAAUAAACCAUAUAUUCUCAGAAGAACGAGCAUCAGCAUCCAGAAUGCUACCAACCUUACUGAAGCAAGAUGCAGAAACAGCUAGUGAUUCUGGGACUUUAAUAGAUGAACAAAACAAGUUGGAUGAAACUGUUUAUAUUCCACUGACUAGCAGUGCCUCUAAAAAACAGCAUGUCUGUGAGAGAACUAAUGCACUACCUCUCAUGAAAGGAGCUUGUAAGAUGUUGGACUACAACUGUGAGCUCUCAAACUCCAUGCAACAGAAUAGAACUGAAGUGUCAAAGGAUCCAACUAUUCUGGAUACAUUUAGUGCUGGGUACAGCAUGAAAAAGGCGAUGGAAAACACACUGGAAAUUACAGGGGAUAAAGUGAAGUUGGGAGACAAAGUCCAAAUGAGACCAAAAGGCACUUUGAGUGGAACUGCAAAAGACUUCCCAGACAAACCAGGGCAACUUCAGCCUCAUGUUCCAAUGCUAUUUCAGAAAGAGAUCUCUCAGAAAAAAGGCAGCGAAGUAGGUGAUGUCAGUUAUAUUUCAUUUGAUGAUAUAUCAGGGAAAUCUGAGUGGAGUGUAUCUUCUUUCUCAACAUUUACUUCUCGAGAUGAAGAGGACUUUAAGAAUGGCUUAGCAGCAUUGGAUGCCAAUAUAGCUAGGUUACAAAGAACUCUGCAAAAUAGCAUUAUGAAACAGCAAGUGUGAGGAAACAAAUUAGAAUGUGCUUGCUCAGAUAAUUAAAAUUUUUCUGAGGUGUAUUAGAAUGGUACUGAUAGUAUUUGUAUUUUUUUGUGUAAAUGGAGCUCCUAUUUGUUUUAAUUAUGAAUGAGAUUUGUUCCUCAAGUCAUGGUGCUGCUUCCCUUGAUGUGUGCAACUUCAAAUAUUUACAAAUUCCUUUUUAAAAAUUGAUGACUUCACUUUAUACUCUUUAACUGCAAAAUUAAUUUCUAGCACAGCAUUUGAUAACUCUUGAUGAAACUGUUGUGCUUUUGGCAAUGUUUUUUUUCUAUUAAAUGAUAAACUACA